AUGCCUGUUGGCACUUUUGCCACGGCUUUUUUGCUCAUUGGGGCGGCCACUUUGAGUGGCGCCGUUGUUGACUGGGCUUCUAUAGCGACUCCACCACGGUUUAUUCAUGAUUUGAACGAACCGAUUCUAUACUUUAAAGUUGAGAAACAUGGUACAGAGCAAACGAAAGCUCCCGAAAAUCUUUUCCAAAUCACUAUCAACUGUAUAGCGGAAGCAAAUCCGGAACCAUCAUAUCGGUGGACUAAAAAUGGAAAACCGUUCAACGUUAAUAUGUAUUCAGACAAAGUAGUGCAGAAGCCAGGUGAAGGCACUCUCGUCUUCUCGAAACUUGAUGAAAGCGAUGCUGGUAUGUACCGAUGUGAAGCGAGUAACGAUAACGGUACUGCCGUUUCAUGGCCAACACGAUUGGAGCAGACAUGGAUUCGGCAUUUCCCGAUAAUCGAGCCUGAAGUUGUCCGAGUGGAGUUAGGCGACCCUUACUCGAGAAACUGCACUCCGCCUGUCAGCAAUCCCACUGCACGUGUUUACUGGAUCUUGAAGGGUGACGAAGGGACAGCUGUGACGUUUGAAUCUAUUAACAGUAGUCAUAUAUCCAGCAAUGAACAGGGCACAAUUUUCUUUCAUUUUGUGAAAGAGUCCGAUUUGAAGCCGAACCGAUUCUACACAUGCACUGCUGAGAACACUGAGCUCAAAGAUUACAAAUUCGGCAGUCAGUUCAGCCUCGAAAUCACUACAAAUCGGCGGAGAAGUUUAGGAAAUGUGCCGCCAACGGAACAGUAUGUCAACCAGAGCUCACCGAUUGCCCUACAGGGACAACAGCACAAGUUGCACUGCUUUUUCUCGGGAUAUCCUGCCCCGAAACCAACGUGGUACCAUAACGGGCAUGAGAUCAGUGAAGAUACUGCGGAGGGAUUUCGAUUCGAAGCUUACGGGAAAACAUUGGUGUUCAAUGUUACGCAGGACAAAGCAGGCAAAUAUGAUUGCCGUUUCCCUGUGCACAACGAUAUCGAUAGAACAUUCAACGUCAUCGUUGAAGCCGCUCCAUAUUGGCCGGAUGGACCGCCGCCGAACACGAACACCAGUGAAGGCGAGACGGUCACCUUUGAUUGUACGACAAGCGGAAAACCCGUGCCGAAGGUCACCUUCUACAAGAAUGGCGUUGAGAUGAAAAAACCGAAGGAUGGGGACAAAUGGGUGAUCGAAGCAAAUCGGUUGACGAUUUAUGACGUGAAAAAGGGAAUUCAUGGUAAAGGAGACAAUGCUGUCUAUCAAUGUAAAGCUGAGAACAAACACGGCUACGUUUGGACUAAUUUUUACCUCAAUCUACUGGCUUUCAAACCACAAUUGCUCACCGACGCUGGAGAAGUUGAAGCUGUAGUGGGACAGUCGGUGACGUUAGAAUGCAAAUUCUUCGCUAGUCCCAAUGCUGUGAUCACCUGGGCAAGUCCCCUGUUGCAAGGAAUCGCUCACAACGUCAUUCCUGCAAAUCCACAUGGUGUCGGGAAAUUAGUAAUACCGAAUGUCACACCGGAUGCCGAAGGAGAAUACGAAUGCACGGGCACAAAUAAGUACGGACAAGCUAAAGGCGCCGCAAAACUGCUUGUGAGAAAAGCCACUCGCCUGGAGCCGUUCCGACGCCCUGAAGAAGUAAGAAUAGCUGGUGAGACCAUAAGGCUACCCUGUGAGGCUACUCCAGACGAACGGCUCGACGUCACAUACGAAUGGCUCAUCAAUGGUCAACCUCUGUCAGAUGUUCAUGUACAGUCUGGACAUUACAAGGUGGAGAGUGACCAUUCAUUACUUGUCAACAAUCCCACACAGUACGACUCGGCCAAGUACAAGUGCGUAGCAAGUACGAAACUCGACAAAGUAGAAAAAGAAGUUCAGAUUCAAAUCAAAGAUGUGCCAGUACCCGUGCACUCUGCAUACGUAAGUAAGUGUGACGCGGACUCGCAGUCGGCUGAGAUCAGUUUCGAACACAUGGAACCGGCUGACACCGUCUCGCCCGUUAAGGAAUUCUGGGUUCAAUACCAAAUGGAUAGUGAAACUGAGGGUACUCAAUGGCGAACACAUCCAGUACCUGUACAAGCUCAUCCGAAUGACCGAAUUGAAGGAGAUCAAAGGAUGGUCAGUGGGAAAGCCACUGUUGCACUGCAACCAUUUGGACAUUACGUUUUUCGUGUUUUGGCUCGAAACGGUGUUGGCGAUAGCUCACCGACGAGAGUAAAAGACGUAUGUAUAACUCCACCAAAACAACCGGAUAGGAACCCAGCUGGAGUUUGGGCGAAAGGCGCUAGCCCUGAAAAUAUCGUCGUUCAUUGGCGUCCUAUGGCUCGAGAAGAAUGGAACGGGAAGAACUUCCACUACAAAAUAAAGUACCGUCCAUCUGAAGGUGGUGACGGCGAGUGGAAGGAGGUGCAAGUGAACGAUCCGUUUGCUGAUCGUUAUACUAUCACCUUAGACGAUGACAAGGACGCAAAACCUUUCCAACCUUAUGAAGUCCAGGUACAAGCUGUAAAUGAUGAAGGCCAAGCCAACAUUGUGCCGGAGACUAUACAGGGAUACACUGGCGAAGGUGUCCCUAGUAGUAUUCCUGGCGGAUUUCGUGUUGUUAGCAAGGAUGGGACCACCGCAACAUUCGCAUGGAAUCCUGUGGAUCCAAAAUCAGCGAAUGGAAACUUCACUGGAUAUAAGAUAACUUAUUGGUACGAUGAAGCCGAGGGAGAAGAGGAGACGAGCGACGUUGAAACGAAGUUCCGAUUCAAAAGAUCUGACAGGGCGGUGAAUAAACGAGAUGUCGAGAGUAGGCGAAGAACGAUCGUUUUCGGUCCAAAGGCCACCACAGGAACGGUCACUGAUCUAAAGCCGGACACAGUGAACUACGCAACGAUUCAGGUGACAAAUAGCGCCCACGAAGGUGAACCGAGUGAAGUGAUUCAAUUCCGCACCGCGGAAGGCGUUCCAUCUCCUGUACGAGGCCUUCGAGCACAUCCAAUGAAUCCUCGCGAUACGGAAGAGAAGGCGAUCGUGCAUCUGAUCUGGAGAAGACCACGGCGGCCGAAUGGAAAACUUCUCAAAUACGUGAUCGAACAUUGCCGUACAGAGAACGGACGAGUUGUUGAAAAAGACUGUCCGAAGCAAGAUGUCGACGCCGAUCAAACACAGAUUCGCCUAUCGGGUUUGGAAUUCGAAACACCCUAUCGUUUCAUUGUGAGAGCACAAACAAGCGCGGGAGAAGGUGAUCCGAACAGUGCUGACGCAACAACACUGCCUGAAGUGGUAGCCGCUGGAGUGGAUCCGAGCACGCCAUCCUUUUUUGAGAACGAAAUUGGUGACGACUAUUUCAACGUCACUUUUAGCCCAUCCAAAUUCGAUGAAGAGGAACGCCGACCCGUGGGAAACACAUUCUUUGUACAGUACCGAGAAGCAGAUACGGAGGAAUGGAAGCAAGUCCCGCAAGAAGGUGACGAUUUGACCGUGCAUGUUGGCGAUUUGAAUCCUGGCACAAGAUAUGAAGUACGAGUAGCAGCACUACAGAAAGACCCCAGCGGUGAAGAAAGAGAAACGUAUUCCCCAUCGAGUUUCAUAACAACAACCGGAAGAUCUCCAAGAUCAGCUCGUUUAUGGUGGCUUCUACUGAUCCUACUGAUACUGCUCCUAUUGCUCUGUAUCCUGUGUAUGGUGUGCGUUGCACUACGACAUCGUGGUCAAAACUAUCCCGUAUCGCAGAAGGAACGUGAGCAAGGCCGUGAACCAAUUCUCGCCAAACAGCACUUUGGCGAAUAUAAGAAUGAUGAUGACGAGAAGCGAUCUUUGACUGGAAGUAAAGCGGAAUCCGAGACAGAUAGCAUGGCUGAAUACGGUGACACCGAUCCAGGACGAUUCACUGAGGACGGAAGCUUCAUCGGUCAAUACGUUCCCGCAAAGACGUUGAUGCCACCAGAGAGGCCGGAGAAGGGAAGCACGUCGACAUUUGUGUAG